UAGUAGGUAGCUCUUUAUCAUGCCAAAGCUGUAGGUUCUUAAGCAUCGAUCAAAUGGUCAUUAAUAUUUGUUUGGUCAUUAAUAUUUGUUUAUAACUGUUCUCAAACUUGUGAUCAUUAUGAAGCUACAACUAAAUCUAUUUAUUUUGUCGUGAUUAGGAAGUACCCUUUGUUUUUAGAAUAUUAGUUUAUUUGCAAAAUAAUAAUUCAAUGUUUAACCAAAUUAAUUCACCCAAUUCUAACCAGUUUUAAACGCUCUUUGGAACUUGGAUUUUUUUAAACCUUGUUUAAUAGUUCAUCUAAAAACUGUUUGAUGGUAAAUACAUUCCAUCAAGCAAAAUAGUUAAAUGGAAAGUGAUCUCAUGCUUUUCUUGCCUUCAUUUAGGGCAUCAUAAGAAGGUUCAAAAGUUGGGAUUAAUGGUAAUUCUUAUCUCUUCUUCAACGUUGAAAUUUUUUCAUUUGUUGUCACCUUCAUCUAUCUGUCCCCUUUUUUUUAAGUACUAGAAAGUUUAGAGAAAUUAGAUGGGGAGGCCUCCAUGUUGUAAUGAUAAGGUGCAUAAUAGAAAAUGUAAUUGGAUAGAAGAUGAUUCAAACACAUCUACAUAUGUCUCAACCAAGCAUGGAAUUGGUAAUUGGGCAACCAUGUCUAAGAAAUCAGGAUAUGGGAGAUGUGGGAGGAUUCAGAAGCAACGAUGGAGUAAUCGUCUGAAACCUGAUCUCAAGCAGGACAGCUUCACACCCCAAGAAGAGGAACUGAUCAUUAAGCUUCAUGCCACUAUAGGUAGCAGGUGGUCUAUAAUAGCACAACAACUAGCUGGGAGAACAGACAAUGAUGUGAAAAACUUGUGGAACACUAAGCUGAAAAAGAAGCUAUCUGCAAUGGGGAUUGAUCCUGUUACUCACAAGCCUUUCUCCCAAAUUCUCACUGACUAUGGAAACAUAGGUGGCUUCCCGAAAGCCAGAACGCGUUUCGUGUCGCUUAACAGAGAGCUAAAGGGUGCAUUUAUGUCUAGACCAGAACAACUUCAACAUUCUUUACAAAGUUUCCAAAACUUCCACAGCCUUUGUGUGAAACUGCCGAAAACUGAAGCUUCAGAAGAAUGUUUCUUCAGCAACAAUCGAGAUUCGAGCAAUGUUAAUCAGCCUCCGGUCGAUCUGCUGUCCGAGUUACAAGCCAUAAAAUAUGUUACUGAGGCCUCAAAUUACAACUCCCCAAAGGCAAUAUUCUCACAUCAUCCAAAUCAGAUGACUGAUUGCUCUACUUCUUCACCUUUGUCCUCGUCCUCGUCAUCAUCAGCAUCUCAUUCAUUAAACGAAAAUCAAGUCAACUGGUGUGAUUAUCUUCUUGACGAUGCAUUUAUUCCAUCGAAUUUCAAAGAUCAAGAAGACGCGUUAACCAUUGAAGAAAAGCUAGUGAGUUCAGGAGCUCAAGAUGGGUCAAACAACGUGCCAUCAACAAGGGAUUUUCAAGCCUCGUUAUCUACAAAGGGUACAUCAUCAUCGUCAUCAUCAUUUGUUGAAGCCAUGCUAGAAUGUGAAAACGAAAUGUUCUUGAACUUCCCUGGCCUCUCUGAGGAUCCCUUCUACUAGUACCAAUGCUACUAAUUGAUGGCCAUGUGAAGUGAUCUUUCUUUGAAAAGAUCAAACCACGAUGAGAAAAAAAAAAGCACUAAUUGAUGAACAAGAAUUAGACUUUUAGCUUUGAUUUAUGUCGUUAAUAGCCAAGUUAAUGCAAUUUCUCUAUUAUAUCUUCCAAAAUCAGAAAGAUCCAAAAUAUAACAUGAUGAAUAUUGUUAUACUACUACUUUUCAUCAAUUUGAGAGUUGGGAUACAUAGUUGAAUUAUGCUAGCUUGAAAAAGUGAACAAGAAAUGCACCUAAGC